UUCAAAAAUUAACAGUUUUAUGUGACAAACUUCGAAACUUUUGUAGAAUAACUCAAAAACCAUAUAGCAAGUUAAUUGCUGAUAUAGUUACACGUUGGAAUAGUACUUAUCAUAUGCUUUGUCAAUUUAAAAAGAUGCAUGAUGAACUUGACCUUCUUACAACUGCACAUCAUGAACUUAAAAACACUUAUCCUAAUAAAGAAGAUUCAUAUCCAAGUAUUUUUGAUGUUCGUUUAACUUUUAUGGGAUUAUUUAUUCAUAUUGAUCAAUUUAAAGUUUAUAAUUCACAUUUAGAAGCUGAAU